CUUCGUUAUCACGUUUCGAAUCGCCGUGAAAAAUAAAUUGUUCAAUGUAUUAUUGUGAUGACACGUGCUUGCAUAUGAACUUUUAACAGCGUGACUUCAAUAUGAUAUUUACUGACGAUAAGAUCUCGUUAAAUAAAUCAAAAUCUAUAAAUAUAUAAAUUGUAAUUGAUUAUAAACAUUUUUUUAUUGUUCUUUGUGUUUCCAACGGAGCCGUAACGACACGUUGACGUAUCAUUUAAUAAAAUGACAAGUAAUGCAACUAUUUGUUCUAAAUCCCGUAUUUUUCCUGUGACGCACGUUCUAUUCGAUCUUGAUGGCAUCAUCAUCGAUUCCGAAACGAUUUAUGAAAAAAUAUCAAAAGAUCUCGCCCAAGAAUACGGUAAAACGUACAGCAAACAACUCAAAUCUAAAGUAAUGGGAACCCCGGAAUUCGAAACGUGCAAAACGAUUGUCGACGAAUUAAAUCUACCGAUAAGUCCGGGGGAAUUUUUGAAAAAAUACGAAGAAAAAGUGUUGAACGAACUUCGACAUCCGGCAUUAUUGCCUGGCGUUGAAGAUAUCGUCGGACAUUUGCACAAACACGCGGUUCCUAUAGCGAUAGCCACGUCUUCUAGACAGGAUAUAAUGGAAAUGAAGACGAAACCUCAUCGGCGAUUGGUCGAUUUGUUUCAUCACGUCGUGUGCGGUAGCUCGGAUCCCGACGUUAAAAAUAAUAAACCAGCGCCCGAUAUAUUUUUAGUUUGCGCUUCUAGGUUCCCAGAAAACCCCGAUCCGUCUAAGUGUCUCGUAAUAGAAGAUUCCCCAAAUGGUGUUUUGGCAGCUCUGAACGCCGGUAUGCAAGUCGUUAUGGUACCAAAUCCGGAUCUGGAUCCUCGUCAUCCGAUACGAGAUAAAGCAACUUUGGUACUUACGUCAUUGGAACAUUUUCGACCCGAAUUAUUCGGUUUACCAGCGAAAAAAUGACAUUUCACAUCUUGCUUUAUACAUUAUUCGUACUAAAUCACCCUGUAUAACGAUAUUUUAAAUUAUAUUUCAAUAAAACUGAUUUUAAUCGCU